UUAAGAUAGCAAACACUUUAUGCGCAAUUGUUUCUAAAUCAUGAAGUCAAUUUUGUGAACCAAAUGGUUAUUUGUAAAUAUAUGUUUAAAAUAAAUCUGAGUGUGUAAUUUAUUCUUAUUUACAAUUAUUGUGUAAAGGUGUUCGUGGAAUUACUGGAUAUUUAGCCGUAUUAUUAUUUCCAUUCAUAUUAAAAUAUAAAAAAAAGGAAACACAAACAAUGUCUGACCCUGUAAAUUCAUUUCACGUCUUGGACUACGUUGCUAUGGGAUUGUUUUUUCUCGUUUGCACCGGGAUCGGCGUCUACUAUGGAUGUUAUAAGAAGCAGAAGACGACGGAGGAAUAUCUCCUUGGUGGCAGACGCAUGCAUCUAAUUCCGGUUGCGAUAUCACUAUUGGUUACAUACCAGUCGGCGAUUUCCGUGCUCGGAGUGCCAUUAGAGACUUAUGUGUACAACACGAUGAGUUAUUACAUGGUGGUCGCCAUCAUGAUUGCCCACGCCAUUCAGGGAUUCUUUAUUGUGCCACUUGUAUAUCCUUUGGGUAUCAGCAGUUCGUACGAGUACUUCGGUAGAAGAUUCAAGUCGAGAGCCGUACAGUUACUGGGUACUGCAAUGGGAAUGCUGCAGACGCUGAUGUAUAUGGCCAUUGUUCUUCUGGCACCUGCUUUGGCACUUGAAGCAGUUGCUGGAAUACCAUUAUGGGUAUCCAUUGUUGUUGUUGGAAUUAUUGGCGCCGCAUAUACUUCAAUAGGCGGCAUGAAAACCGUCAUCUGGACUGACGUGUUUCAGUUCAUCAUAUUGUAUGGCGGCCUUAUAGUUAUACUAGUUUUGGCUCUGAUAGAAGUUGGAGGAUUUUAUAAAGUUUUCGGAGUAGCAAUCGAUGGUAAAAGAAUAGUUUUUGAUGAAAUCAACCCCGAUCCGCGAGUGCGGCAUACUAUCUGGGGUUUACUGUGCGGUGGCGUUUUUAACUGGUUACCAAAUUGUUGUAACCAAUCGGCAGUACAGCGGAUUUCUUCUAUGAAGUCAGCUAGAGAUGCAAAAAUAUCCUGCCUUCUCAACGUUCCCUUGCAAUUUGUGUACAGUCUAAUUCUGACAUUAGUGGGCCUGGUAAUAUACGCCUACUUUGUAGAGAAACAAUGUGACCCUUAUCUAUCUGGGGCCAUUAGCAACUACAAUCAGCUGAUGCCGUACUUCGUCAUGAAGGUGUUCCACAACGUACCAGGACUUGCUGGCCUGUUCAUUGCUGCCUUAUUUAGUGGAUCUCUCAGCACGCUGUCAUCGGGGAUCAACUCCAUGUCAGCCAACACACUUAAAGACAUUCUUCCUAAUGUUCUUCGUAAUGCACAGCAAUACAACCAGACCGUUAUUGCCAAAGUCGCAUCAAUGUUGUUCGGAGCUAUGGCUGUUGGAUUAGCAUACUUGGCAAAAUCUUUGUCAGGUCCAGUAACACAAAUUGCUAUUACGACGUUUGGUGCAGUAGGAGGUCCAAUGGCAGGCAUAUUCUUCCUCGGGGCAGUAUUUCCACAGGCUAACUGGAUUGGUGCAUUCUCUGGAGGAAUGAUCGGUUUGGCCAUAAAUAUGUGGGUUGCUAUUGGUUCUGUGAUGUAUGGUGCCAAGGCAGUGCCGUCCCCUCGCGUCUCCAUCGAAGAUUGCUCCGUUCUGAAUUUCACGGGCAUCUUGAGCAAUCUUACUUCGACGAGCACACCGACCUUUGCAAAUACAACUUGGCUGUAUACAACGCAGAUGUCUAAGCAUAUAGAUGGUUCGCAGCUUGCAAUUUAUGACGUGUCCUAUGUUUACUUUGGGCUGAUUGGUACAAUUAUCACAAUUGUGAGUGGCAUCCUGAUUAGCAUUUGUACAGGAAGCGCCAGAGGAGAUUUAACAUGUGAUGAGUACAUCUUCCCAUGCUUGCGGCGUGUCUGGAAAGGCCACCUGAUAUCAUCACAACCGGGAAAAUACAAGGCCUACAAAAACAAGACUAGUGUCAUCAACGAGCACGAAAUUAAUGUGGCACCGAUAAAGGCCUUAGAAUAAACGUGGUAUUGGAAUCGUUCCCAAAAACCCAGCCUGAAGUGAGAAUAAGUUUUGCUUAACUGUUGUUUGACUCUGUUAACAAUGAGAGACUCGGUUACAGACGAAAACGACGGUUUGAGUGUUAAGUCAAAUUCCGGUAAUUAGGAUGUAACAUUUAUAUAGUAUAUUCUACUGUCAAGGUUUUAAUAUCAACUGCCGCUGUUUAACUUUUAACUAGAGAAGCGUGCUUUUAAUCGAUGAUUUCAAUACCUGUAGUAAAAUUGUUUUAUCAUCAUAUUGGUUCGUUCUUUUAUGUCGAUAUGUCGUAGCUGAUAGGGUUUAUUUGCCUUCAAAUCACAAAUUCGUAUUAAGCGAUAAAUUAAACAUCUACAAAUGUUUGUUUGUUUUUAUUGUCUAUAAGUGUAUACAUUUAUGUUAAGAUUUGAGUUUAAGAUUCUUUCUAAAAUGUAAAACUUGUUUAUGCUUUAUUUGACAGAGAUAGUAGAUUGUUCAUCUACAAUGAAAUUCAAUUUGUUCUCGACUUCGAUUGAGUUUAAUGUAAAACGAGGGGCAUGUGUUAUGCUUAUGACCACAGCUUAUUAUUUUGAAUAUCCUUUAAAAUUUAACAUCCGCUGUUCGAGUAUUUCACUAUUGGCACUGUAUUGCUAAUAAUCUAAAUAUAUACCCCGAGUAAAAAAAAAUGUAGAAAUAUUUGAUACAAGUCAUAUCAACCUGAAAUAUUUUUUUUUAGAUAUCUUUGCAAAAAAACAAUUGAACAGCAACGCACUUUAAAUGUAACUGAAACUUUAUCUGUCCAGAUAUAAAAAUACUUUUUAACUAUUUAAAUUGUACUUGCUAAUGUUGGUCAACCGUCAGUGCUUUGUGAACUUCAUACAAAUUGCUAUAUUUUGUUUAGUUAGAUAUAAAUUACAUAAAUACUCGGCUUAAGCUUGUACAAUAUCCCAACAGCUACAAUUGCUGAAAUAUUUGCCAUUCACAGACAAAUGUUAGUAGAUGAAUUGAUUAUAAAACGUACGCGUAAUUUAAAACAUCAGCAUCACUCGUCUGUUACUUUGUAUCAAUUUGUGUGAAAAAAAUUCUAUUUAAUUUUAAUAUUUUGUAUUUGAUGUUUUGUCUUUUACUACUCAACCAUUCUCUGUAUAACCUGUCAAAUUUACAGUUAUUUAUUGUCUUUUGAUGAAAGCACUUUAUAUAUACAUGUAUUUUUUAAUUACUACCUGCAAGUGUAGUAAAGAAACUUGUUAAUAAAAUUCAGGUUGUUUACGCAUAAAUUUGAUAAACAAAUGAACGCAAGUAAAUCCAAAUGAGCUGUGCUCUUUGAAAAUGGGGUGUAAUGCAUGUGCGACACUUAACUAUGCAUGUGCGACACUUAACGCCUAAUCAGGGACAACACUUUUGUCUGAACUGGAUUUUUGAGCACAAGAGUGUUUCUGUGAACAAAAAAAAAACAUAAAAGCGGUAAGUGUCGUCCCUGAUUACACUGUGCGAACUGCACAGGCUAAUCCGGGAUGAUACUUUUCGUACAUGUAUUAAAUCCCCUUUUCACAGAGCAUGUCCCAAAUGAAUGUUCUAGAUAUCAAGAGGAUAACUCAUCACGCGAUUAAACAAAUAGUGUGUUCUUUGUCCUCCUGACAAAUCUCACAUGAUAAAGCUGGGAAAAUUUUUUAUAUUAAAGAUUAGUUUCCGUUUUUUCAUAAACCUACUAAAGUUCUCGUGAUCCACUUUGAUUCUUGUUAAUAAUGUGUACUCUUUAUAAAUGUUCUAAAUAUACAA